ACGAACGGACACGCACGCACGGGAUGCUUUGGCAGGCGGCCGCUACACAGCGCACUGCAACUCCGUAGAGCUGGCGGGCACCGUGGCUGGGAGGCUAGCCUGCGACUGUCCUCCUGUUACCUCUGCCGGACCCACCGAGAGCGACAGUAUGGUGGCCGAGGAUUACCCAUUCUACCUGGUCGUCAAACGGGCGAACUGCUCGCUAGAGGUGCAGACUGUAAGCACCGCCGCCAAAGAAGUUGAGGAGCCCACCAACAAGCGGGCGAAACCUCUGUCCCGGGUCACAUCACUUGCCAACCUCAUACCGCCGGUGAAGGCUGCCCCAUUGAAGCGCAUCGGACAGACGCUGCAGCGUUCCAUCAGCUUCCGUAGCGAAAGCAGGGCCGAAAUCAUGCCCCCCAGGCCGUGGAGCAAGCAGGCGCCUCCGGCCAUAACCAAGCGCCGUGACAGCAAGCUGUGGAGCGAGACGUUCGACGUGGGCCUGGGACAGAUGCUCUCGUCCAAAGAGAUCAAACGGCAGGAGGCGAUCUUUGAGCUGUCUCAGGGAGAACAGGACCUGAUUGAGGACCUCAAGCUGGCCAAGAAGGCCUACCAUGACCCCAUGCUGAAGCUGUCCAUUAUGACGGAACAUGAGCUCAAUCAGAUUUUCGGCACCCUGGACUCUCUCAUCCCACUACACGAAGACCUCCUCAGUCGACUCCGAGAGGCUAGGAAACCGGAUGGCUCUACAGACCAUGUGGGCCACAUUUUAGUGGACUGGCUGCCAUGUCUAGACUCCUACAACAGCUACUGCAGCAAUCAGGUGGCUGCCAAAGCCUUGCUGGACCAUAAGAAGCAGGACCACCGGGUGCAGGACUUCCUGCAGCGCUGCCUGGAAUCGCCCUUUAGCCGCAAGCUGGACCUGUGGAACUUCCUGGAUAUCCCACGCAGCCGCCUGGUCAAAUACCCUCUCCUGCUGCGGGAGAUUCUCAAACACACCCCCAAUGACCACCCGGACCGCCAGCACCUGGAUGAGGCUAUCAACAUGAUUCAGAGCAUCGUGGCCGAGAUCAACACCCAGACAGGAGAGUCAGAAUGCCGCUACUACAAGGAGCGCCUGCUCUACCUCGAGGACGGCCAGCGGGACCUGCUCAUUGACAGCUCCAGGAUUCUCAGUUGUCAUGGAGAACUGAAAAACAACAGAGGAGCUAAGCUCCACGUGUUCCUGUUCCAGGACGUGCUGGUGAUCACUCGGGCCAUCACCCACAACGAGCAGCUGUGGUAUCAGCUCUACAGGCAGCCUGUCCCUGUGCGCAACCUGGACUGGGAGGACCUGCAGGAUGGCGAGAUACGCCUGGGGGGCUCCAUCAGAGGGGCCUUCAGCAACGUGGAGAGGACCAAGAACUUUUUCCGGGUGACGUUCCGCAGUGGUGGGCAGCUCCAGUCCCACUGCUUCCAGGCCAGCGACGCCUUUAACAAGCAGCAGUGGCUUAACUGCAUCCGGCAGGCCAAAGGGGCUCUGGGCUCCGAAUGCACGGGCGAGCUGCGCCGCAGCCCUCGAUCGCCGUCGGGGCUGGCAGUGCCCUCUAGGGACAGAGCGGGGGAGUGCAUGGACCAAAGCGACAGCGACUCCUCCGACUGCAGUAUGGACACUAGUGACACUGGCGCCAACCGCCCGGCCAACCCGACCGGCACCCCUGUGGAAGUGUGAAAGCACGUACUGUAACUUGGAUGUCUGCUAUCAUCUCUGCCUACCGAGCACACCUGUACAGCGUUGUCGCGGCAAAGCCGUGCCAUACAGUGGAAGCAGCAUACAGAAAGCACCUCGUCCUCAUCCUCAAGUCCAUUCUUCCUCAGGCUCUAGAGGCUUGUCUUUUCUUUCCCUCCCUCUUCCGCUGUUGUCGUUCUAAUAGACUGGGGUAUAUUAUGCCACAGUCGCAACUGCGAAACUGUCAGGUUGCCCGGUGAACAGGACGCUGGUUACGAGGACGAUCUGUUUAGUCAUUCCUUGUCUUGAGAACUAAAAGUGGCUCACUGUUUGGCGUGCCCUUCCCCCACCGCAAAGCCCCCAUGCCGCACGGGAACGCCCCGUCCUGCUGUCCGCACUCCCUGUGGCACCGCACCGCUGCUGGCGGCCCGAGAGCAGACACAGGCUCUCUUUAAAGACGCGUUAUAUUCCUGUUCACGUGCUGAGUGCGUCAAGUCUGCAGCGAUCACCCUGGCAAACGACAAGCGGAAGGGCGAACGGGGUUCCGUGGCUCGCUCGCAGCGUUUCACUGGCGGAGGGUAACGCGGAAGUAAGUUCCUUUUGUGAUUUGAGGCUUGUGCUCUUGCAGUCGCUGAUCUCACGGUAGCUACAUGGAGGCCAGA